AUGACCCCUGGCCACUCCAUACUCCAAGCAAGAGCCCUGAACGCUGCCAUCUACAAGGACAGUUCCAAGAGCAAACUACCUCUUCACCCCUUCACUCUGGGAUUGGCUGCAGGACAUGCUUUGGAUUAUGAGAUGUUAAUUGGCGUGACUAAAGCCAUCAGUGAGCACUUCAAAAGUCCCAUUUUCAUUGUGCAGAAGAAAAGAUUAGAGAACAGUGUUUCAGUAUUCAGCUACACUGGGCCCAGUAACCCGGAACGACAGAAGCUUCUGGAUGAAAAAUCGAGGAUUUGGAUCAAGAAAGUUCUGGCUGAACAGUGCCUGCUUCUGCAGGAGGGAGGCCGGACCCUUUGUGGAAACCCAGCAGCCCUGGGCCUCUCAGUGUCACCGGCCACCAUCUGCCCAGGCACGGGACCUGCGUCUCCGGUGUGGUGGAGGCCUUUUCCCUCCUCCCACCAGCUGAGGACUCGGGUCAAGCUGGAAAGCCUGGAAGAUGCGUAUAUUCUUCGGGGAGAUGAUGACUCCCUCUCUGACAAGCACGGCUGCCCUGCUUACGUGAGCCCAGAGAUCUUGAACACCAGUGGCAGCUACUCGGGCAAAGCAGCCGACGUAUGGAGCCUGGGAGUGAUGCUCUACACCAUGUUGGUGGGGCGGUACCCUUUCCAUGACAUUGAGCCCAGUUCCCUCUUCAGCAAGAUCCGGCGUGGCCAGUUCAACAUUCCAGAGACUCUGUCGCCCAAGGCCAAGUGCCUCAUCCGAAGCAUCCUGCGGCGGGAGCCCUCAGAGCGGCUGACCUCGCAGGAAAUUCUGGACCAUCCUUGGUUUUCUACAGAUUUUAGCGUCUCGAAUUCAGGAUAUGGUGCUAAGGAAGUGUCUGAUCAGCUGGUGCCGGAUGUCAACAUGGAAGAGAACUUGGACCCUUUCUUUAACUGAGCUCGUGCCCCGCAGAGACUUAGCAGGUACCAGGAGCGAGAGAGGGCAGUGGAGAGUCCUUCCAGGGGACACGUAUCGCCUGGCUUGGUAGCAAGAAAGACACUGACACUCAAGUUUCUCGGUUCAAAGAAGGAGAACCUUCAAGGAGCUGACUGAACAUGUAGCAUGGGGGCGAGAGAUGUGGGGUGGGAGUCUGGGGUCAGGUCAGCGGGGCAGGUGCCCCUGGAGCUUCUCUUCCCUGACGUAGCCCCCUGGAGACCACCCCCAUCAGUUGGGCUGCUUCGGCCUACCCCACUUUUCAUUUGUCCCAAAAUAGUUGCAGAUCCCGACAGAAUCAAAACUCUCUGCCUCAAACACACAUCUUGGCAUCGCACUGUUAGCUUUUAACUUCUUGUCAUGAUUCAGGGAAGGUACAAUUGGCCAAGGAUUUUUUUUUUCUUUUUAAACAAGACAACCACCUAUAUGAUACUUAAUGCGGUUCAUUCAAAAAAAAAAAAAAAAAAAAUUCGGUGCACACAGACUGACCAGAAACCUGGGUGCUAAGCUAAAAGAAAAUAGAAGUCCAGUUUGUGUCUCUUAAUUGCUCUUUUCAACUCAUUUCUUCUAAAUAAACUAUUUAAUAUCCUGGUCAGGAAAUAACAUGUUGAUGCUUUGCUCCCUGAAGGGGGAAAAAAAAAAUCUGUCCUUUAACAAGCUAUUCUGUUCUGUGUCCAUGGGUUUGUGACAGGAAGCUAUUAGAAGUCAAACUUCUAGAUGCAUUAACUGCUAUCGUAGUUUAAAGAAAGAAAAGAAAAAAAAGGAAGGGAAAGGAAAAGAGAAAUUCACUCCUGAAUUUUUUUUUCCUUCGAACGAUGAGGGCUGCCUCAUUGGGGGUCCUCUCUGCUGGGAUGGGGGCAACGGGGUGAGAUCACGGGAGGCGCUUGGAGUCUGAAGCUUUUGCGACACUCUGGUCUCAGCUACACCUUUUGUCUUUGUUUUAUUGGAAACUAGUGAAACCAAGCAGAUUGUCCCACGUGUAUGAAAUACAGGGCAGCUAUUUCCUUUUCUUUAGGAAGAAUGAUCCUUUUGGCUUGGAAGGCCCUCUGGUUUGGACAAAAAUCCUCGGUAGAGACAAGCGGCAAGAAAAAUCAGCUGGAAGCUAGGAUGAUAUAAAUAAAAACAGCUCUCUUAUCCCAAUACGCACCUUUGUAUUUUCAAGAAUUCUUCUAUUUAUUAAGGAAAAUGUCACAUUGUGAUGUAUUAAGCCAGUACUUCAAUUACGGGUUGACUUGGGAUGACAUGUUACAUGCUGUAGUUAACAUCUAUAUAUUUUUUCUUGUUUGAGUAUUUCUGUCCCUGAAAUAACCUUUUGUUUGGCUUUUCUAGAUAGCUUUAUUUGAUUUCGAGUGGCAAAUGUUUUUUUUGUUUUUUGUUUUUUUUUUUUUAUUACGGCUUUUCUAUUUGCUGUAUGAUACAGAACUCUUUUGGCAUAAAUAUUUGUGUUUCCAGUACCUCAGUUGUUUGGAUUUUACUGCCUGUAUACGUUUUGUGAAAUGGUCAUGUUUUUGGGUAGGUAACACGUGGACUCUAGUAUGUAAAUGUUACUUGAAUCUGUGCUUUAUUAUAGUACGUGGCAUGUGUGUGCAGAUCUUGGAUGCUUCAUGCCUGCUCAGCAGGAGCCCAGCCUUCACGUUCCCAGGAGGGCGGCUUAACCGUUCAUAGUCAGGAGACAAGGCGGCCAUGGAUUUGCCCUUGAUUCUAUUUUGAUAAUGGAAGAUACAAAGGAGAGAGUUUUUUGGUUUUGGGUUUUGUUUUUGUUUUUGUUUUUGUUUUUUACAUUCUGAAGAUGGUGCUGUGUCAAGAAGGACCCGUUUUUCUUCCCCGUCCCCUAUUUUUUCAGUACCCCGUAGGAGGAAAGAUUGGUGAUGUGCAUGGUGGGAAUCUAUGGCCUCUGGUGCUUUGUCCUGUAUUUGGUUUAAUGUUUUUGUCCUAAUCUCUUCAAUCAAUAAAAUUGUGCGUAUUUAACUAAAAUA